UCGCUCGCUCGUACGUUCGUCCGUAUUUGAAAUUGUUACUAUUACACACAUCACCCAACGCGCGUCACGUUCACCCCCCCACCCAACCACCGACCACUGACACCCACCACCCCAAGUGCUCGCAGAAUACUACAACUUAGUACGAUUACUACUACUAUACUCGCACCGCUGCCUCCUAGUCUCCGGGCCAUCAACUCAUUCGAGUAAAUAACCGAAUAUGUCAGUUACACAGUGGAACCAUCAACAACACUCCAGUGACCAGUCUAUAUUAUUGGCUAUAAGGGAGAGGAAAACUGCAAUGCCGGGCCAACAACAGGAACGCAUCAGGCUGUCGUCGAUGGGCGGGGAGUCGACUUGCAGCAACAGCAGCAGCGGGGGCAGUGGCAGCGGCAGUACGACGAUGAAAAUUCGGAGACGGGUGGUGAUGAUGGGUGCAGCUAGGGUGGGUAAGACGUCCAUCAUCAAACAGUUCCUGUACGACCAGUUCCCAGACCGGUACAAGGAGACCAUCGAGGAAUUGCACAGAGGAGAUUAUGAAUUACCCGAUGGAGCACGGUUGACAUUAGACAUUUUGGACACAUCAGGAGCUUAUCAGUUUCCAGCUAUGCGAGAGUUAUCUAUAUCAACUGCUGAUGCAUUUCUUUUAGUUUUCUGUGUAGACAGGGAAGACACAUGGGAUCAAGUUAAACACUUUAAAGAACAAAUAAUUGAAAGGAGAGGACCAAAAAUUCCAAUAGUCAUUGUAGGCAACAAGUGUGAACUCACUGAACGAUUUUUACCUGUGGAAAUCACCGAAGCCAUAUCUAAAUACGAUUGGGAAUGUGGCUACAUGGAAUGCUCAGCCAAAGAAAAUAGAAACAUAGUACAGGUGUUUAAGGAACUCCUAACUCAGGCAAAGGUUCAAUAUAAUUUGAGUCCGGCUGUAAGGCGCAGACGUAUGUCUCUACCAAAUUACGUGGAUAGCCGUUCAGGAUCGACCAAAGGACGUUACAUGCUCAAGAGAAAUUCCUGCACGGUGGCCUAAAUCGGAAGACCUGCGAUAAUACACAAUUAAAAAAUAAUAAUAAUAAUCUUAUUUCGAUUAUUUUAGACGCUGGCGUGAACAAGAAAAAAGUAAAAUAAUUUAUUUUGUUCUUAUAAAUGAUUUGCAUAAUAUCAAAUUGGACACAAGGUCCAAAAAUGUUUUGAGACAUAAUAACAUGACAUAAUAUUAUUAAAAUGUUGCGUAAAAUCAGCUUUAAGAAGUUCUAGCUUUACAAUAUUGUAUUAAUGAUUUUUAUACAAUGGCUAUAUAAUGUGAUUGGUUAUACAUUUAUAAUAGUUUAAUGUGCUAUAUUAAAAUACAAUAAAAUAAUAAAUUGCAUACAUUUAAACAACUUAAAAAUCAUAUUUUAAUUUUAUUUUUGCUUAAAACAAACAAUGCUAAGUGUGUUAACAGUGUAUAAUACCUAUUUAUUAUAUUUAAUAUCUAACUAUUGAAAUAAAAUGAAGUUUAUAAUAAUAUUAUGAAACCAAGUUUGGCACGAUCCCAGUCCAUUACCAAGAUACAGUAUUAUUAAACGCAUACAAACAAUACAUUUCAUUGAGUAACGAUACGAAAAAAAUAUACAUAUACAUGUGAGACCACUACGUGCAAACUUUGGAAACUUGUACAAUAAAUGUAUACAGCACAAUUUCAAAUAAAUAACGCGAGACGAAAUGAACGGCUAAAAUAUGUGAGGGAAACUGUUUUUAAGUAAUAUAUUUACCGAUAGUACACAAUAUAAUAUUAACACUAAUAAUAUUCUCGUUAAGGCAUACUAUAUUAUAAAAAUAUUAUACAAAAAUGAAAUCAUAGAUCUAAUUAUUACUUUUUGACAUUAUAUUUCGUAUUGAAAUCUGUGAAGAUUAGUUGUUGUCAGACGACUAUUUGCAGAUCACUAUAAUUAUUGCUAUCAGAUAUCGCUAUAUUUACAAUGUUCGACCAAUAAUAUUGUGAUAUGAGUACCUACUUACAAAUUCAUUUUUAGGUUAGCAUUAUAGUUAUAAACCGUGUUCUAUGGGUUUGUUAAAGGUUCAAUCUUUUUUUAUCUAACUAUAUCUAUAGGUUCUAUAUGAGUAUAUUAUAAAUAAUUUGAUAUUCAUUUUUAUUUUCUUAUUGAAACAAAUAAGUCUAUAAAACAUUUAUCUAAUUAUUAGAUUAAUAUUAUUAGAUUCUAAUACAACACAAUUAAAUUAAGUGGUUAUGAAAUAGAAUCUAUUUAACUUAUUCGAUACUACUUUAGUUUAUUCAUUGUUAAUAAUAUUAAUGAUAAUAUUUUUUAAACUAACCUAGUUACCUUCAUACUUUGUCGAUUGUCAAUCAUUAUUAUUUAUCUCUUGGACUAAGAUUUUAUUGGCAUUGGUAAUUUUUUAUUCCUUAUGAAACCAUUUAUAAAUAUGGUUAGUAAUGACUUGGGCUUUUAUAGCACCUACUUAAAAAUCUUAAAAUAUACAUCUAUGUACUUAAAAUAUUAUGCUCCACAAAAUGUGUUUUACGUUAUUAUUUGAAAUAGAAAUAUUUAAAAAUUUGAUAAAUUAUAUUUAUAUAUAAAAUAAACAUUAAAACAAAUAUUAUAGGUAUUUUCAUAAAGUUACUAAAAUAAAAACUUGAAAAAUUAAUUUUCCCUUCGUCUUAGUUUUCCCUUUUCUCCCUUCGUCGUCUACUUAUCGUAAUACACUUGAUUAAUAUACUUCGCUGCACGAUAAGCGAAAUCUCUUGACAAAUUAUGACAGACAACUUGAGUUAAUUUCGCUUUGCGAACUCACGUGUAAUAUACGUGGUUAUAAGUGUUAAUAUGGUGGUAUAAUCAUCUAGACCUGGUAUAGCCUGGAUCCGAUCACGCAAUACUGAAAUUAUUGUUUUUAUACCGAAUAUUUUCUAUUUUAUUUGUUUUUAUUUGUCCAAACUCAUUUCUAACUUAAAACUUUGCUGUACCAAAAAGUUUAAAAAUAUAUUCUCGAUUUUUCUCAUAAUCCUACUUACCCAAAUAUGUAUAUUUAAACGAAAGUAAAACUAUAGAUACCUAAUAAUAAUAUUAGGUAGGUACGCUACUAAUUUAAAAGUUAUAAAAUCAGUGAUUUUGUCUUAGGUGAAAAAAUGAAAAAAAUGUUUUAAAAAUACUGUUGGUUUAUUUAAGAUAAAAUUCUAACAAAAUUAUUUAGCUUUGAUGAAAAAUAACUUCAGUUUUACUUAAUGAAAGAUAUUUUGGAAAUUAUUGGUAAUUAAAUGUCAUUUCAUUGUUUAUUUUAUAUUAUAUUUUUAUUGCUUAUUUUAGCAAAUGUUAUUAAAAUUAAAUAAAUAGAUAGUUACCUCUACUUCAUUAUUUUAUGCUGCGUAUAAUAGACCUUACCCAUAUUUAUCUGUAUUAAUUAUUAAUAGCCAUUUAACACGUUCCUCAUUAGACGUUAUACGAUUAAUUAGUUAAAUAUUUAAACAUGAAUUCGAAAGUAAUAAUUGUUUUUCAAGUCCUAUUGAAAAUCCGAAUACAUUUUUUAUUUAAUAAAAUUAAUUUAUAUAUAUAUACUAUAUAGGCACUUUAUGUAGAUUGAAUAUAAUUGUUAUGUAAAUGGUUUAUCUAUAUAUCCCUAUACGUACAUUACAAUGAGUGUAGAUUGCAAAUAUAAAAUAUAUAUAAGUCUCAUUAUAUAAAAAUUUGUUUGAUACCUAUCAUAUAAUAAUUAUUCAAUGUAUAUUAAUAAAAUGUAAACUUUUUAUAAUUACAAUUUUCAAAUAUAUAAUAUACAUUUUCCAACUUCCCUUGUAUAUGUGUCACGCUGUCACCAACAGACAAUAUUUUAUACGAAUAAUUUAGAAUAAUAUUGUUCUAAUUUAUUAAAUCCCCAUAAGAAUUUUAUAUACAAACCUAUAUGGCUAUUGCUAUACUAUAUACAUUGUUAAAUAGAUACAAUAUGUUCACUGUUUAAAAUAAGAAUACUAUAUUAUUAUAUUUUAUUAUUUUAAGAGUAUUUAUAAUUAGAAAUAAGAGUAUUUUGGUAUCAUGCGUGUAUUGUCUUAACGUCUAAAUGUUAACAAUAACAGUGUCACACAAUGCAUCAUUGCGAUUAUGGUUAAUUUGUAUGAUUGAAUUAAGAUUUAAGACUUUAUACUAACAAAAAUAAAUAUUUGUUUUAUUUUUAUGUUCAAGGAAUUUAAUAUGAGCUCUGAAUAGUUGCAAUGACUAUAAGUACCUCUACCUAGUCAUAAUAACUUUUUACAUGUAACCUGUACUAUUCAAUAUCUCAACAAUGUUGGGAAUAAAUAAUAAUAAUAUGUAUAUUAACCAUAAUCAUAAAUGUUGUUGUAAUUUAAAAUGUUAUAAGGAUAUAAUUCUACUGGUAAGAGGCAAAAGUGGCUUAACUACAUGGUCUACACUAAGGGUUGACUAUAACCUGACCGACAGGUUACUGGAUAAGCCUUCAAAAUUAUAAGCGCCAUAGUGUCCGUCUGAUUAUUUUUUUACAACCUUUAAUACCUAAAAGAAUAUUUAAUUUUUAACUGUCAUGCAUAUUUUACUUACUAAUGAAAUUUGAAAAGACAAGUUGUAAAACUGCUCCUUUUGCCUUUUACCAGUCAAAAUCAUCGUAUUAUAUUAUAGUAUACCUAAUAUCUAUAAGUACUAAUAACGAUAUUAUAUUAUAUUACUACUAUUUAUAUUAAUGGACUUAUAAAGUUAUAAAUGAAUAAUGUUUUAUAAAUCUACGAUGCUGGAUACAAAUUUUGGUCACUGUAUUUUUUUUCAGUGUUUUUUAUACUAUUGGUUUAUUACUUACUACCUAGUAUCUACCUAUAUAAUAUAUUAUAUUAUAGUAUAAAAAAUUAUUAGUUUUAGCUU